AUGUUGACCGCAAUUACGGUGGCCGUGGCGGCCGUUUUCGCUCAAGAUUCGAACUCGGCGGUCACCCAGAGUCCAUACAAUACACUACAGUGUCCUUGCUUACGGGCCACAAACUCGAACACAUGUCUCCCCUAUGACACGCGGUUCCAGGCGACGACCCUUGACGAGGCGAUGCUCUCAUUCCCCGAUCUCUCAAUUGAUCGAAACGAGACCACUCCCGAGGAACCAUUGCAUAUAGUAUUGGCUAACGAGAAAGUGCACGGUGUUGGAACGACUUAUGUUUCGACAGAGCUGCACAUGUAUUCGCAAAUUACAACGGUCGGUUGUACAACGCCCGAAUGUCAGAAAUGUCAAGAUGAUUUACGAAUUAAACUCGAACAGAUCGGAAUUCGGCCAGGGGUAGGUCUUCUAACAACACCAGUGGAUAUCAAUUCGAUAAACAACAAUAAUGCCAACAAUGUGACUUUUUGUCCUCGAUAUCGUUUUACGAAAAAGGAAAGUGGGAUUCGAGAUUAUGGAGAAUUGGAGGGUUCGAAUUCAAGCGAAAACUCGAACAGCUCUCCGGAAGAAGAUAGUGAAGAGAAGCGCAAAAAGCACUCAGCUCGACGAAGACGAAGCACCACCGGAGUGAGCACAAUGCCUUCAAGUUCAACUUUAAUAGGAACACGCUAUCCACUUUCCUGUACAACGAAAGGGGUUACGGUCGAUUCGAGUGGUUUUGUCUCUUUAUGUAGCUCAUGUUGGGUUUGGAGAAAGCUUCCGGAUAACUAUAACCCUCAAUACAUCAAUGAACUCGUGUGCGACGACUCGGACUUUUCCUGUUUAUCAGGAUACGCGGUAUGCACAACGGGUCAUCGAACCGUCGAGGUGGUGAGAACCGACGCGGGUGCUCAGACUACUGUAACACUUACGGCCGGAACUUUUUGUGAAUGCAAAUGCUCGAUCAACUCCGCAAUUGCGAGCCUCGUGACGGGCGGGGGUGUAUCAAGUUCGCUUCCAGCACUACCUGCAAAUCCCACAACCGCUGCCGCCGGGAAGAAGAGAACCAAGAGGAGAAGAAAUUUUGCACUCUCUUCAAAUAUUAUAGCUACCACAAUCCAAAAAUUA